AUGGAUUAUGAUGCAAAUUUUGGUGUUACUAUCUAUGUAGAUCAUCAUAGAACAACCAUCAAAGGUAUUAAUUUACAAUUGGCUUUAGCUAAAUUCUUUUUGACACAUGGCGUUCAUAGAAAUUACAUUACAAUCUAUGACAUUGGAAACAAUUAUGAAAAGCAAGCAGAGAUCAAGAAUCACUCAAAGAAGAUUCCAAAGUACCCAUAUAUAGGUAUUAAUGGUAAAUUAUGGGGUGAAGGAUGUAUGGUUGAUGAGAAAGCAGGUGAAAUUGUAGAGUUGAUUCAACCACUCGUCAAUGCCGUACCAGACGAACAGAAAUCGGUGGUUGUCGAUGCAUUUGUCAACGACCAACAAGUGUCAGAGAAAGAGAUCACCGCUGAGACCUCACUUCAACUCGGUUACACAGAUGCCGCUAUCAAUGUCACCGAGUGGUUGUUGUUUGGUUUGGUCAAAGGUGUUGUUUCCUCCACCUGGAGAGCCAACACUCCACCACUUCCAGAGUUGGACGAAUCCGACUUUGAGUGCGAAGUAAUCAGAACCAACUGGUACGGAAGACACCAAUUCCGUAAAUACAGAUUCACACCCCAAGAAAUCUUUAGACUUAGUGAUGGAGUUGUCAGAGCAACUCUAUUUUAUAAAGAUAUUAAGGAACUCAAACAAGUUGACAAGAAAAAUAUUAUUUUAACUAUUGAAAAUGGAGAGGCUCAAUACAUUGAAGGUGUUGAAAAGGAUAUUAGCAAGAUAAUUGAAAUCGUUACAUCAAGAUCAUACUUGGCACCAACCGGCGAAGAUAGCUGGGCAUCUACAAUCGCUUCUCAAUAG